AUGAACGCUUCAUUUCAUCCGACAAAUUCAUCGAUUGGCACCAAAAAAGCACUCAUGUCGGGCAAGGGAGAGGCAGGAGACGAGACGGCAUGGGAGAAAGGGUCGAAGCGGUUCACGAGCAAACAAUAUAGCGAAUACUUCGACCCAUGUCAAGAUGCUGCAAACAGGAGUUUGAAAUGUAUGAGACGGAAUGGUGGUGAUAGGGCGAUGUGUAUGGACUACUUUGAUGCAUACAAAGCAUGUAAACAGUCUUGGAUGGAUGAGAUGAGGGAGCAGAAACGACGAGAGGGCAAGGGAUGGUUUGGCUGA